AUGGCUUUAAUCUCAAUAACUAGACACCUUGAAGAUAAUCUGGAUGAUUGGCUUGCAGAGGGAUUGGAGGAUUACCUGGAUGAUGACUACUUAGUUUUUGACUGCCCAGAAACUUUCGGUGAAUGUAAUUUUGUUAGAGCUGUGUUUGAGAAGUGUGGAAGUAAUUAUGUUUUGCAUAUGACUACCCUAACUAUUAUGAGGGCUCUUCUAAGAGAGGUUGACCCAGUAGUGUAUAAUAUGCUUCAUGAAGAUCCAGGUUCAAAGUUUGUUAGUACUGAUGGCAGUACAGGCAGCAAGGCAGAAGUGAAUUAUUUGGGACAGUUUUAUCAUCCUAAUCUUGUGAAACUAAUUGGCUAUUGCUUGGAAGAUGAGCAGCGCCUUUUGACCCUCCGGAUGAAAGUUACCCUUGGUGCUGCAAAGGGGCUGGCCUUUUUGCAUAGUGCUGAAACAAGGGUGAUAUAUCGAGACUUCAAGUUGUCUAAUAUCCUGCUUGAUUCGGAUAUUAUUUGGCAAGGAGAUAUCAGUGGAGUUAAUGCAGUGCUGCAGUUAUUCAUGGUUGAUAUCCAAUCAGACGAUUAG